AAAAUGUUUAUUAUGCGUUUCCACUAGGCAUGUUGAGUUCCACAAAGAUUAACUAUGUGAAUGUGAUAAUCCGAAACGCACAAAAAGCCAACGCUUAAUUUAGCUACGCCAUCGAACGACAGCAGGAUUGGAAUUUGAGCACGAGACAGCCACGACGACGCUUGCGGCCAAUUCAUAAGCUCCACGCCAACAUCGAAAGAGAACCACCUUCUGCCAGAAAGCCACCCACUCAACAUGUAUUGCCUGCAAUGCUUGCUGCCCGUGCUCCUAAUACCGAAGCCCACAAAUCCGGCGCUAAUGGAAACACACGUCAUGUUCAUAGUGCUCUACCUGAUUGGCUUUUUCCUGGAGCGAAAGCCCUGUACGAUUUGCAGCCUCGUCUUCAUAACCGCUGUCUCCCUUAUCUGCUACAGUGGUGUGGGAAACUGCAUCUUUUGGGGAAACUGCGAGGGACAUCAGUGCGAAAAUGGAUAGAUAAUGGGCCUUGUCAUUUUAUCAAAUAGUCAACGAAACGGUGCGGUGUUUGGGAAGGCUAAAUAGGAUUUGUGAUGCGUUUGAAAUUUUACACCUUACGAACUCACACAAACACAAACAAACAAUUUGCAUAAAUAUAACAAUCGGUGAUAUAGUGAGUGAGUCAACGGCUGGCGUAGAAGGUGUGCAAAAUGCACUAUUAUCUUUCAUUACUAGGAAAACCAAAAACAACUGUUUAUAAAUAACAACAGAAAAAUGACGCUCCCUUCCCUCGUACAAUAUAUGUAUACAGAGCAAAACACCUGCUAUUCCGAAGGGUUAGCACCCACACCUACCCGUCUAUCCGUUUGAUUUUCGAUUUUUGCGUCUGUAUUCUAUUUUAGUUAUUAACUUAGACGAUUUUCACCCUCGGUAUUCAAAAUGUUUUAAGGCUUAUAGUGGUUAGCGAGAAUUUUCGUUUUUCUUUACAUGUAUUUUAAAAUUCUGGUAAUGAUGCCCCGUCAAUGCAACCUAUAAUUAGUCAUAUGUUAUAAAAAUAAAACUAAUCUACAUGCA